CAGUACACCUCUGCGCCUCGUAUUUCGAAAUUAUACAUUUUUGUUUUAAUUAUAGACUUGAACUUAGCGAUUUCUGAAGUUAGUCGGCUACUCUUUUGGAACCAGAAACCCUUAAAUACACAUAGAUACAGCAUCAGACCAUUAACAUUGUCAAUAUGCAAAAUUCCAAGGCAGGCUCUACGAAUCUAAGUGCAAUAAAAACAAUGUCACGUUCGCCAUCAAAAGCUUCGAUGCAGUCAAAAAGCAUUAAAAGUUGUAACACACCUAGAGACACAGCUCUAGGAACUGGACGGUCUUCCAAUACGAGUGUACUCUCCCGUCGAACGGAUCUCAACUCUGAGGAUUCGCCAGCCAAGCUGAAGAAUAAGUUCACCCAACCGCGAAUGAAUCGAUUGACGGAGUUGCGCAUUAAACGAUUACAAAAUGUGCAAACAAAUGCAGCCAAUGAUGAGAAGGCAAAAGGACCCUCGCAAAGGACGAAGAAGAAAGCGACCAGCAUCGUUGUGCAUCCAUCGACAAGUCUUCAGUCCUCCGAAGUGGGUGACGUUGAAUUUACCACAUGUCCAUCACAGUCGAGUGCACCACCAGCGCCUCCUUGUCCACCGUGUCUACCACCAGAAGUGAUGUCCUUGCGAAAUAAUUUGGAAGAUUUGCAAGCCAUAUUUAUAGAGAAAGUGAACGGGCUUCAUCUAGAGGAUCAUAAUAUUUCCUGCAAGCUCGUUACCUUGGUACUAGACGGAAAUUGCCAGCUGAUUUUGAGCAAAGAGGAUCUCAUCUCAUUACCGAAUAAUAUUCCUGUUCAAUCGGUUAGCGAUUUUUUAUCUCGUUGUAAGCAGGCCAUUAAUAGUGGCUUUAAUAUGGUGUUAGAGAUGUUUAAACCAAAUGAGGAUACUUCUGAAGACUUGCGAUUAAAGUUGCAGGAAAUAAUUGACACAGAACUGGCGAUUAUUAAAAACGACCUUGAUAAAUUAUGCGUCACCGAGGGCAUUACGGAUAUAUCUGUUUUGAAGCAGCAGAACAAAAAGUUGGUUGAAACAAUUGAUAAUCUAACGGAUGCCAUUUCCAAGCUGGAGGUUGAUAUAGUUGACAUAAGGAAGAAUAGAGAUGAGCUGAAAAAAGCAUUGGAGGAAAUGCAUAACAAGAACAAAGAUCUGGCAAUUGAAUUGGCCGAUAAGAAUAUUGCAUUUGUAGAGCAAUCCGUCGUCGAGGAUGAUCUCCGCAAUGAGGUCAAACAGUUGAAGAAAGUCAACAAGAUCAUUCAGCAGCGUCUCAAGGAUAUUGAAGACAAUCGGGAGCAGUCUUAUGCCACGAUCACUGAUAAGGUUGUUGAGCUGGAGCAGCAACUUGAACAGGCACUAACUGAUAAAGAGCUAGCGAUAAUGAAGUCUGUGGAAUUGACUGAGAGCGUUGCUCUAAAGGAUCGUCAGCUGGCGGAAAUACAGAAGCAACUUAUGGAUCUCGAACAGGAGCAGAAGGAUUGGCAGGAUGUUCGAACAGAGCAAUCGUCAAGUCAUGGAGUGGAUCAACUUCAAAUCAACGAGCUGCAGGCCAAAUUAGCUGUAAAUCAGAGUCGGUUGGAAUCAAUGAUCCAGGAGGAGAAACAGCUUCGUGACGAACUGGAGCGGAGGAGGGAGCUGCAGACUAAGGCGGAAUUGAAGGUGAGCCGACUAGAGGAGUCAGUUGAAUAUCAUCGCCAGGUGUUGGCCGUGCGUGGCGAGCGAAUUAAUUACUUAGAUCGGGAGAUGAAACAGCGCGAGCAGGAGAGCAAUCGAAAACUGAAUGAGGUGAUGUCCCAAGCUAGCGACAAGAAUACAAUAAUUACCCAGAUUACAAAUGAGUUGGCCUCAACAAACGAGCAGUUCCAGAAUCUGUGCUCAACUCUGAGCAUUAAGCAGACGAAGCUGCACAGUCAGGAGCAUGUUAUCAAAUUGCUGGAGGAGAGCAAUGCCCGCAGUGUGAAGCUCCACACCAAGCUGGGUGAGAAGAAUGCCCUUCUCAAGGAUGAGCUGGAACAUCUUCGGCGUACGGUUCGCCUUUAUGUCAAAAUUCUGAUUGGCAAUAAUGGAAGUAAUAUUUUUGAGCCAGUGCCUGCUCUGGAUUAGUAAUAAAACAGCUAAAAAACAAACGACAAAAACUAAAGCAAUAUUAAGUAGUUAUCAUAAAAACAAUAUCACAAACAUGUAGCCAAAUAUAGGAUUACAUAUAAUAAGCUUUGGAUGCCGAUUGAGUAUAAUAUUCAAUAUUCUAUUGAAUAUGAAUAUGUCUAAAUUACUAACUUUGUAAAAUGAUUAACAUAUAUAUUUGUAAUUAAUAGAUUGUCUUUUAUGUAGUUGUAA